AUGCUUCUGUAAAUAGAUCAUAUUGUAAUCGCGUUCACUUCAGCGUGCUUCGUCCCAGCGCGAGGAGCGUUGCUAGUCUCAGUCUGCGUGCGUUUAGGUUUUUUAGAUCUCAGUGAUGAAUGUUGAUCAGGACAGGCCAUAUGUGUGCACUGCUCCUGGAUGCUCACAGCGCUUCCAAAGAGAAGAUCACCUAAUUAUUCACAGACACAAACAUGAGAUGACCCUUAAAUUCCCUUCUAUUAAGUGUGACAGUGUGCUGUCAGAUCAGACUCCAACUCCGACCCGUUUCUUACAGGACUGUGAGGAAGUGGGCCUCUUUACUGACCUGGAGCUUAACCAAUCACAGGCAGAAGAGACCAGAACGAACUUUGCUGCGCAGGCGCCAGGUCAGAACCAGCCUCACACUGAAACACAGCCUCAGCAGAGUCAACAUCAUCAGUUUCAACCUCAGCAACAGCAGCAGUGCGCUCUGGCUCAUCUCAACCAGAACCGACUCCACACACAUAGCUCACAGCCUCAGUCUCAAUGCACUGCCACAUACUCCACUUCAAAUAAACAAUCUGCACCCAGCUGUCUGCACAGCAGACAGACAAAUGCUUUGCCUGGGACAUCAGCCGUGAAUAUGGAGGCACAGUUGUCAAUAAACUCUAGCAUGAUUGGCAUACCAGGCCCCGCCCCCUCUGGCUCAUGCUCCUCCCUUCAGCAUGAAAUAUCCACAGUGUUACGUGACAAUGAUGUUGACAGUUACCCCAGGAGCCAUUCUGACCCAUCUCUCCCCAUCUCUAAUCCUUCAAAGGUCAUGCCAGCCCACAGCCAACCUGUGGUUUCCAAUGGCAGUCAGAAUCCUCUUUGCCACAUGAUGGAGAUGAUGUUGUCACAGCAGCACCCAUUGUCCCAUUUGCAAUCCGCAUCUCGUCAUCACGCAUACCAGCAGCACUGCCACAGCCAAUCACCGCAAAGACUUGCACAUCAACAUCAAAGCCAAGACCAAUCACAUCACAGUCACGCUCACCAUUCUCCACCUGCUCCUUUGCAUCCUGGCUCCACCCACCAGACCGCCCCUCCCCUUUCACAUCAGCCGAUACCAACACAGAUGUCGUCCACACCAAAACAGACCCCCUGCCCGCAAUCUCCUCCACAGCCGUCCACAGCCAGACGCCGGCGGACAGCAAUGGAAGACCCAGAUGAGCGCAGACGGAAGUUUCUGGAGAGAAACAGAGCUGCCGCCACACGGUGCAGACAGAAGAGAAAGGUCUGGGUGACGUCACUGGAGAGGAAGGCAGAAGAACUUACACACACUAACUUACAGCUGCAGAAUGAAGUGACAUCACUCAGGACAGAAGUCACUCAACUGAAGCAAAUUCUUCUUGCACAUAAAGACUGUCCUGUCACUGUGAGACAGAGAGAAACACAGACUGGAGUAGGUAGUCCAACAGGAAGUCCUGUCCAGCAACAUGCCAUCCAACACAACAGCAUCUCAACAUCAAAUUCGACUUUACCACACACUCACCUCCCCCCACACUCACACCCCACUAACAAUACACAACUAUAGCAUGCUUCUACAUGGACAGAAACCGAUGAGAACACAAAAUUCAACCCUUCUUUAGAGCCAUAUAGUCAGGGCACCUAUGACUAAGCAGGUACCCAUCAGUGCAAAAUCAAAACUGAACAGCAAAAUGUUUUAAACUUGGAUUUAUAACUAAAAGGGAAUAUAUGCAUUACAUAUAUGUCUGAAAUGUCUGAAUAGAAUAAUUAAAUUAAAAGUCUGUUUAUAUCUCUGGCCCUUGACAUCUCCGGUAAUCGGUUUUCUUUUACCUCACUGUGAUUUAGUAUAGUGCUGGAAAGUCUUUUAGCCUCACUAAAUUUAGUUUUCUUAUUUUUAAACCUGUCUCUCACCCUCUUUGUACCUCUUUUUCUGUCUUCUCACACUCUUCCUCAUGCUUUGUUAUAGUUGAUCUUUCUCAGGGACUCUCAUCUAGUUUUACUCCUAGAGUAUAUGUGCACAUUUGUGUGUAUAUGUGUGUUAUGUUUUGUUUUUGGCCACUGUCAGUGUAAACGCUUUGAUAGCUUCAGUGACAGCUGUGUGUGCGCCAAAUCCUGAAACUAAUGGCAAGGCCGUGUGAAAUGCAUUGAAUCAGGGCAGUUGUAAAUUUGUAAUUGUAAAUAGGAUUCUCUAGUUUUAUAAAUUUAUGAUGAUGCAGCUAAAGCUGAUUGUUACUUGUUUGUCUUCGCUGUAAAUAUUAUUAGAGGCCUCUUGGUGAAUUAUCAGGUAUCACAUUACCUACGAAAUUAAGAGUAUCACAAGUGAAUUUGGGAUUUAUAGAAUAACAUGCAGCUUGUUUUAUAAAGACCGAGCCAACAUCAAAUGAUGUAUAGGAAUGACAGUAAAGGAAUCAUGCAUUAGUAAUCGCACUCAUGGCACUCUGAAUGUCUUACAGUAUUCUCCUAAAACAAUACAGCAUAGCAAUCAUGUCACACUAACUGGCUCAGUGACAAUCAAAAUGUCAAUACUGACUUUUCCUGGAAAUAACAUGCAAGCAUGUGUACCAUCUCUGAUUUAUAAAAAAUUGCUUAGGUAAAGAAUUUAUAUGGUUAUACAUUCUGUGUAAAAUGGAAUUAUGAUUCUGGACAUAAAAAGAAUGUUUGUACACUCUGCAGGUUUAAACUGUUUUAUGCAUGUACAAUUUGUUUUUAUAUUUAUCUAUUUUUGUACACAUUUGUGGCCAUUUUGAAUUAAAAGCACUUAAUAUCUGUA